CGGGUUUGGGACGACGUUCAACAAGAUAUCAACUCUUGUUACCUACCAAUUUCCCCGCUAUCAGUCGACAACCGCAUGGAUCGACCCGUAUCGCUGCCGUCCACAGCACCGCGCAUCAGGCACGUCGAUUGAUGGUAUCCUCGUGGUUCCCGUCGGCGUACGACCGAGCCGGGCACCACACCCGCCACCGCCCUUACGUCGCGCAUAAAAAAACCAUGGGCCAGCUCGGGCGGAGGCCUCGGGCGCCCCCGUCAUCCUUCGUGGUCCAACGAUCCCGCCGUUAAGCAGACAUGCUCGUCCUCCAGGCUGUCCUCGCGCUGGUGCCCCUGGUCCUCUCCUCCGGUCUCGUCGCCGCGGCGCCGUCCAAGCGCCAUGGCUCGUCUUCUUCCUCGGAAACGACGUCGGUGUACGACAGGUUGGGCAAUUUGGCGCCGUACCACCAGGCCCCGGUUCCGUCUGGAGUGCACGAAGACCUGCCCUCGGAUUGCACGGUCGACCAGGUCAUGCUGAUGGGACGUCACGGAGACCGGUACCCUCUCGGCUCCGAGCUCGUCUACAUCCAAGGCCUGGCCUACAAGAUCGGAAACGCGACGGCUGCUAUCAAAAAGGCCAAGCUGCCCAGCGACCUGGCGUUCCUCAAGGACGGGUACACCACCAAGCUGGGCACGAACGACCUCACGGCUCCCGGGAGGCAGACGCUCUUCGACCACGGCGUCGCCUUCCGCCUGAAGUACCCCCAGUUCAACGCGACCGCCAUCCUCGCUGGCGCUCAGGACCGCGUUAUCGAGUCCGCCCAGUGGUUCGCUCAGGGCUACUACGGCCGCAUCUGGCCCAACAUCUCCUCGACCGUGUUCUCCACCAUCCCCGAGGACGACGUGACCAUCUCCUGGAUCACCCCCAUGGACACCUGCGCCGAUUGGGACUACAACUACGGCAACAACGCCACGAUCACCUGGGGCAACGUGUACCUCCCGCCGAUCGCGAAACGCCUGAACAAGGCCAUCCCCGGCGUGAACCUCACCACGGACGACGUGCACGGCGCGCUCUACGCGUGCGCGUACGACCUCGCCGCCUGGGGCACCUCACCCUGGUGCGGCGCGUUCACCGAGUCCGAGAUCGCCGACUUUGAGUACGAGCUCGAUGUGCUCAUGGAUGGCGCCUUCGGCUACAACCUCCCCGGCAAGAUGGGACCCACCCUCGGCGCGCUCUACGUCGACAAGCUCAUCGAACGGUUCUCGAACAAGACCGGCGACGCGGAGCCCAUCUACCUCGAGUUCGGCCACGACACCACCAUCGACAUGAUCCUGACUGCCCUCGGCCUCGCCAAGGACACGCCAAGACUGAGCGCCUCCGGCCCCGUCCCCGCGCACCGCAAGUGGCGCACCUCCGAGCAGGUCCCCUUCGGCGCGCAGAUGAUCUGGGAAAAGUUCAGCUGCACGUCGAGCUUCGAGGGCCCCCAGAUCCGGCUCGUGCUCAACGACGCGCCGAUGCCGCUCACGUUCUGCGAGACGCACGCGACGAAGGAGUACGGGACGUGCGCGUUCUCCGACUUUGUGAAGGCGAACGCGUUCUCGACGAGCAUCACCUGGGGCGACGCGGCGUGGAACGCGACGUGCGGUGCCUCCGACUUUUAGUAGAGACGUCGUCGUUGUUUAAUACCUUAAGCAAAGGUCGUAAUAUAGUGUAAUGCCCACUGCUUGAUU